AUGACUCCCCCCGUUUCCGAGACCCGCCUCAAGCAGAUCGCUACCGAUGCGUGCGAGUCGGCCGUCGGUAGCGCUGAGAGCUACAUCCACACGAGCACCCAAGAGUGGAACAACACCAUCAUCAACUCGAUCCUCAAGGCCCUGAUCAGCGAGACCAGCACCGGCCCCAACAACCAGCCCCCCUUCAAAUACGCCGUCAACAGCACCAUCAUCCAGCACGCGCCGACGUUCAGCAAGGCGGCCGACUCGAGCGCCGACGACGCCGCCUCGUCCCUUUCAAAGGUCGGCAAGCGCGGCAUGCACAGCGCUGCCGGCGCGUACUGGAACAACGAGAAGGACGGCAUGUGGAGCUUCAAGUAUGAUGGCGGCGAGAAAAAGGGGCUCGAUGUCAUCAUCAGCGUCAUGUGGAUCGCUAUCUAA